AUGGAUUCACAAGAAGAGGUUGAAUGGUGUGACAAAGAGAAGACCAAUGGAAAUGAUGUGCGAUUUUCUUUGGUGGAUUUUGUGAAGGAGGGUCAACAUUUUAUUUCGAAAACGCUUUUGAAGGCAGAGAUAUCCUAUUCUUUGGCAUGGGAUGCACGUGAGUAUGCAAUCAACAAAGUGAAAGGCCUUCCAGAGGAAGGCUAUGAAAAAAUUCCCAAAUACUUGCACAUGAUGAGGGAAGCUAAUCCAGGGUCACACACGUCUUAUGAAAGGGAUUCUGAAGGGCGAUUCAGAUUCCUCUUCAUCUCCUUUGGUCAGAGUCUUCGCGGUUUCUACGUUUCUAUUCGGAAAGUUAUUGUUGUGGAUGGGACGUUCUUGAAGAGCAAAUACAAAGGGGUAUUAAUGGUUGCUACUGCAUUAGAUGGAAACUCUAGUUUAUAUCAUAUUGCAUUUGGAGUUGUCGACUCAGAGAAUGACCUUGCGUGGAACUGGUUUAUGAGACAACUUAAUGCGGUCAUUGCUGACGAGCAUAGUUUAGCUUUUGUGUCUGAUAGGAAUUCCUCGAUUGAUAAAGCUAUUGCUAACGUUUACCCGCAAGCUCAUCACGGAAUUUGCAUUCACCACUUGCUGAAUAAUGUCGUAACAUAUUUUAGUGGGAAAGGUGUGGCUGGUUUGGUUGCAAAGGCUUCUAAAGCUUAUCGAGCUGCUGAUUUUCGUAAGCUGUUCACUGCUAUUUACUCUAUUAGUCCUGAAAUUGGAAAUUAUCUAAUAGAAGCCGAUGUGAGGAAGUGGGCUCGUUGUCAAUUCCCGGGUUACAGGUAUGAUAUCAACACUACUAACCCUGCGGAGUCGAUAAAUUCUGCUUUGCGUACGCCUAGAGAGUUUCCAGUAAUACCUCUAAUGGACAGCAUUAGGGAAAUGAUGACUCGAUGGUUUUUCCAACGUAGAACUUUAAGUUCUAAGCACUCGAAGCCACUGACCAUUGCUGUGGAGAAGAAGAUAGACAGAAGGAUUGAGAAGGGUAAAAAGUUUAAGGUCUUCCCGAUUAGCGAUGACAGGUUUUUGGUUCAAGGUGACACUUUUGACUGCAUGGUUGACUUGGUCAGACGCACGUGUUCUUGUGGGAAGUUUGAUCUGAUGAAAAUCCCAUGCAGGCACGCCAUAAAAGCAGGCUUCAGUGUUGGAAUACAAGCACACACACUCACAGACGACAUAUACACUACUGCGUCAUGGCGCACGGCUUAUGAAGAAAGCAUAAAUCCUAUUGGUGUCCCUGAAGAUGCUUGGACUGUUCCAUCUCAUGUGGAGCAGACGAAAGUCCUUCCUCCAGAGUCUAGACGAGCUGCAGGUAGAAGAAAGAAACGCAGAUACGAGACAACCGAAGAUAAGAUCCGUUCGUCACAGAAGAGAAAGCAACUGUAA